GUUUCAGUAGGUAUAUUUAGCUAAAUCUUAUGCAACAUUAUUUUAGGCAAUCGUCCUGGGCACGCAGUGAGGACGUGGGCGUAACAGAUUUAUUGCUUCAGAAUGUGACUUGCGUUGCAGAAUUGACUUCGCGAACUAUGUUGUCAUCUGUCAAAUUUGGCCUUCAAUUUGCUGGUGAUCCUGGGAACCUUAAUGCAAUUUCGAAAAGGUUUUGCAAUGUAUGAGUGAAGUGUUUAAUUAAUUCAAUGGUGUGACAUACAAUUCAAAGUAUUCCCGUGUUAAAAUGACAUCGCGGAGUAAGAAUGCAGUGCGAGGCUACGAGACAGAGAUAGAGAAGAGUAGAGAGGAGUCUAACUGGAAGAAGGCGGUGGAGCUGGCGCAGCAGCUGAAGGCCAGGUCACCGCAGCACGAAAGUCUCGCUCACUUCCUGAUUGGUGAAGGCAAGCUAGAAGCACACUUGGAGGAAUGGCCGCCGACGAAGGAGAACAUAGAGCGUGCGCAGCGCGAGCUGUCGGAGGCGCGCGGCUACCUCACGCUCGCGACCGACGAGGCCGGCAAGCGCGCCGGCGUCGCGCUCGACGCGCACCUGCUGCUCGGCAAGCUCAACUACGCCUGCGGGGCCUACGAUGACGCCUUGAAAAACUAUAAACUGGCCGAGCUUAAUACAUUGACAGAGAAAGAGUUGCCUGUCCGGAGUCUGCGCAUCGUGGCGGAGUCAUACGCCAUCAAGGGGCUCUGCUUAGAACAGAACACAAUCCCCGGUUCCACCAGCAAGUACAAGCAGGCCGAGAGGGAGUCCGAAAUGAUCCGCAGUUUCGAGCUAUCCUCGGACCUGACGCUGCUGUACCUGCAGCGCACGGGCGCCAGCGCGCGCGCCGGGCCCACGCUCGAGACCGCGCUGCAGAGGGUGCCCAUACUACACAUACGGGCCGGCAGGCUGCAGAACGCUAUCGACAGGUAUAGAGAAAUGUUAAACGCGGUGGAGUCGGUGUCGACGCAGGCGUUACGGCUGACACUUACGAGGCAGCUGGCCGAGGUGCUCAUGAGAGGGGUCACUGGACAGGUAUACAAAGCGCCGGAGAAGCUCGCGGUGGAGCCGCCGCGAGGCACGCUGACGAGGCGGCGCGAGGACCACGUGUCCGAGGGACCCUGGAAACCGAAGAAGUAUGCCGCCAUCAACCAGUUCGUCCCCCGCAACGAGUACGAGGAGGUGGUGUUGCUGCUGCUGGUGGGCGAGGCCAUGGCCGUGCGCGACGCCGUGCUGUCGCAGAGCGCGGAGUUCGAGGCGGCGCGGGCGCACGCGCUGCGCAACGCCGUCGCCGUGGUGGACCUGCUGGCGCUGGCCGCCGCCAGGUGGGGGCAGCUGUGUCUGCUGCUGGAGGUGAGUUGCAUGUACGAGGCGGCGCGGGCGCACGCGCUGCGCAACGCCGUCGCCGUGGUGGACCUGCUGGCGCUGGCCGCCGCCAGGUGGGGGCAGCUGUGUCUGCUGCUGGAGGUGAGUUGCAUGUACGAGGCGGCGCGGGCGCACGCGCUGCGCAACGCCGUCGCCGUGGUGGACCUGCUGGCGCUGGCCGCCGCCAGGUGGGGGCAGCUGUGUCUGCUGCUGGAGGUGAGUUGCAUGUACGAGGCGGCGCGGGCGCACGCGCUGCGCAACGCCGUCGCCGUGGUGGACCUGCUGGCGCUGGCCGCCGCCAGGUGGGGGCAGCUGUGUCUGCUGCUGGAGGUGAGUUGCAUGUACGAGGCGGCGCGGGCGCACGCGCUGCGCAACGCCGUCGCCGUGGUGGACCUGCUGGCGCUGGCCGCCGCCAGGUGGGGGCAGCUGUGUCUGCUGCUGGAGGUGAGUUGCAUGUACGAGGCGGCGCGGGCGCACGCGCUGCGCAACGCCGUCGCCGUGGUGGACCUGCUGGCGCUGGCCGCCGCCAGGUGGGGGCAGCUGUGUCUGCUGCUGGAGGUGAGUUGCAUGUACGAGGCGGCGCGGGCGCACGCGCUGCGCAACGCCGUCGCCGUGGUGGACCUGCUGGCGCUGGCCGCCGCCAGGUGGGGGCAGCUGUGUCUGCUGCUGGAGGUGAGUUGCAUGUACGAGGCGGCGCGGGCGCACGCGCUGCGCAACGCCGUCGCCGUGGUGGACCUGCUGGCGCUGGCCGCCGCCAGGUGGGGGCAGCUGUGUCUGCUGCUGGAGGUGAGUUGCAUGUACGAGGCGGCGCGGGCGCACGCGCUGCGCAACGCCGUCGCCGUGGUGGACCUGCUGGCGCUGGCCGCCGCCAGGUGGGGGCAGCUGUGUCUGCUGCUGGAGGUGAGUUGCAUGUACGAGGCGGCGCGGGCGCACGCGCUGCGCAACGCCGUCGCCGUGGUGGACCUGCUGGCGCUGGCCGCCGCCAGGUGGGGGCAGCUGUGUCUGCUGCUGGAGGUGAGUUGCAUGUACGAGGCGGCGCGGGCGCACGCGCUGCGCAACGCCGUCGCCGUGGUGGACCUGCUGGCGCUGGCCGCCGCCAGGUGGGGGCAGCUGUGUCUGCUGCUGGAGUCCCUGGAGCGCGCCAUGAAGUUCUCGUUCGGGUGCGCGCACAUGUGGCGGCAGCGCGCGCUGGCCACAGCCGCCGCCGCGCCCGCGCGCGCGCCGCCGCCCGCGCCGCUCACGCACAACACGCACGUCGCGCCUGGCAGCAGCGCGUGGAGUGCGGGUGUCCGCGCGGCCAGCGUGGCCCGCCGCGCCGCGCCGCUGUCCCCGCAGGACGCGCCGCUGCGCCUCGUGGCCGCCAACACCUGCUACAAGAUGGGAUGGAUAGAGGAGGGUAUCGAGAUGGCGGAGGAGGCGCUGGCGAUAGAGGAGGAGCAGGAGGGGCCCAUGCUGGCGCGCUGCUGCCUCUACACCGCCAUCGGGUACCAGAUGAAGGCGCAGAAAACGAACGCGCGCAUCGACAAGGAGGCGGCUAACGACAAGUCCCUGAAGCUGCUGUUGCGGUCGGUGCAGCUGGACAACAACGACCACCUCGCUUUCUACUACCUCGCGCUGCAGUACAUGCAUCUGGGCAUGCUCAACGAGGCCAUGGACGCGACCCGCGCGUGCCUGUCGGCGCGCGGCGAGUGCGGCGGCGGGCUGCGGCUGGCGGCGGCGCUGUGGUCGUGCGCGUGCGCGGGGUCGCGGGGCGCGCGCGCGCUGGCGGCGGCGCGCCUGGCGCGGGACCACUACCCCUCCGCCGACUGGCCGCUGGCCGCGCUCGCCGCGCUGCAGCUCACCUGGGAGACGCCCGAGGUACGAACACACACACACUAA